AUGGUGCUGCAGGUGAUGGACAUGGUGACGGCCAACGGUGAACCGUUCUACGGGGAUUGUCCGACGUCGUACACGAAUUUGGACGUUCAUACUACCGGCCAGCCUACCUGCACAGUGCUUCCACAAGGUGUGUAUGGUCAGUUGAGGAGUCCGGCAUGCCCUGGAUCUGACGAUAUCAGAGACGACAACUCACCCCCUCCAGGUGGACCUCCUUCGGGGUACCUUCAACAAAUCCAAAGGAGUCCUGCCUACCACAAUAUAAAAGAUGGCUACAAGGGGGCGUGUCCGCCGGGCAGCGACUCGUCGGGCGGGGGCGGGCCGUUCGGGGCGGCGCUCGACGGCCACCUGACCUCCCUCAACGGCGAGGGAGGCGGGGGCGGCAACGGCAACGCCCACCUCUUCCAGAACGCCCAUUUCGCGGCCGAGGAGCACGAGUACCAGGCGCUGGACGCGCACCAGCAGCAGUACCUCGACAGCUCGCCGGAGUUCUACGCGGCGAGCCAGAUACUGGAGACCAAGUACAAUCCUGCGCACGGUUACGUUAAGAGUUACGUGAGAGGCGCCGGCAGGUUCAACGACGCCUACCCUGACCCGUACGGCCCCCCCUACGACGCCACGCCCUUCCAAACAGUCCCGAGCGGGGGCGGGUCCAACGCCUCGGCCGACCAAUGGGCGGGGCACGCGCACGACCUGCUCGCCCACCACCCGCACCACCACGCCCACCCCGCCUUCGCGACGACGGGGGGCGGGGGCAUGGGGCGGGACCAGCUGGGCGGCUUGCAGGACGCGAAGCCGAUGAUCCAGAACGGGCUGGUGGCGGGGUACGCGAACGGGGGCGGCGCCGGAGGGCCGUGUUUCACCGGCUCCGGCCCCAUCCAGCUGUGGCAGUUUCUGCUGGAACUGUUGACGGACAAGUCCUGUCAGUCGUUCAUCUCGUGGACGGGCGACGGAUGGGAGUUCAAGCUGACCGAUCCCGACGAGGUGGCGCGCCGAUGGGGCGUGCGCAAGAACAAGCCCAAGAUGAACUACGAGAAGCUGUCGCGCGGCCUGCGCUACUACUACGACAAGAACAUCAUCCACAAGACGGCCGGCAAGCGGUACGUCUACCGGUUCGUGUGCGAUCUGCAGACCUUGCUCGGAUACACCCCAGAAGAACUCCAUGCGAUGGUCGAUCUCAAACCCGAGAAGAAAGAAGACGACUGA